AUGCACUAUCUAGUUUUAAUAUUAGUUCAAUACGCUAAACUUAAGUUUUUCCCUAUUGAAAAUCAAAAAUUAUCAAACUUAAUAGAAAAUUUAAUGAAUUAUACGAAAAAUAGAAUCUUUUUUUUAAGAAAUUUAAUUUAUAAUUAUUUGCUUCAUCUUAUUAGGCUGAUUUGUGAGAAACUUCCAUCGAGCUGCGUUGGUCUAGUGGCAGGAUUAUUGCCUUCCAAGCAAUCGGCUCGGGUUCGAUUCCCGGACGCAGCAUUUUUUGAAUUUAUUAUAAUAAUUUUUAAGCAAAAUAUUUUGACUGUAAAAAAAAAAAAUGCUGCGUCCGGGAAUCGAACCCGAGCCGAUUGCUUGGAAGGCAAUAAUCCUGCCACUAGACCAACGCAGCUCGAUGCAUGUUUUUGA